AAACAGAACCACAAUAAUGAAGGACUCGUGGUAGUUAAGGACUUGAAGAAGAAGGAACUUUGUUGGCCCUAGAAGCGGUCAGACGGCGGCGAAUUUUGAUCGGAGAGAAAUGGAGAAGGCCCUGAGAAUAUACGGCGAAGUUUUGAGGUUAGUGCGGCGGUUACCUAAGGACUCGAGGCCUUACUACGCCAAGUACGCUCGAGAGAAUUUCGUCAACUACAGAGAAGUCGAUGCGAACGAUGCCAAAUCCCUAGAAGAACUCUUCCACAGAGCUUACAAGCACUCGCUUUGGGUUCUGAACAAGUAUUCGGUGGAUGGAUCUGCGGCGGAUAAACUGAAGGAGAUCUGUUAUAGUUAGUGAAACUGAAGGAGCUUUUCUGCCAGCCCUAAAGGAUCCGCGUCGGAUUUUACAGUUGAAACUCCGGCGGUGGCGGGCUUGAAUUCUGAUCAAUUCAGUAGAGGUAGGGAAUUGAAGGAUUAUGGAUUUGUAAUGAAAGUGGAGAUGUAAAUUGCUGUGUUUUUGAAUGUUGGAUUUGCGUAAAAUAAUAAAGAUUUGAAGUUUGCAUGAAA